AUUAAAAUGGUCAAUACGAGGCCAAGCCGGAAGACAUUUUGUACACGUGGACCAGCGUCUCAAUAACAGUUGCAUUUUCUUUUUUUGCGUUUGCAAGUGUAGGCCGACAAGAAAAGAUGCAUUUGUUGGGGCUCUGCGUAGCUGUUUUGCUGGCAUUUGCAGGCAAAAAUCUUGCAGAUACCCCUGCAAGAGUGCUGAUACCCUUCGGUGAAGCAGCUUUGUGGGCGUCUAGUCUGGAUGCAGUGAAGGAGUGCAAGAAAGGUGAUUGUGAUGGCGAAGUUAAGGUGGGAAUUCCACAAGCUCAAAAAUACGCUCUGAAUAAUGCAAGGAUGGCCAUAAAGAAUGGCAAGGAAAAGAAAACAGUAGAUGGUUAUCUAGAAAAGAUCGACAAGCUACUUUUCGAGGUUGCAAAGCUGGACGAUUUAGACACAGAGGGGAAAAAGUUUGACAAGAUCUUUGUGAAAGUGAUGAAAUCAUUCCUGAAAUUGUUCCAAGAUGCAACACUUGUGAAACUGCUCAAAGAAAGUAAAGUAAUAUUGGAAAUUCCAAGUGAUGACAUUGGUUUGAUGUGGCGAUCUGCAUCUUAUGAUAUUCCAAUUUACAAAAAAGAAGAUCUAAAAAAGGGGCUUACAGAAACAAAAUUCAAGAUGAGAGAUGGUGUAGAAAUUCCUAGAGUUGGUUUUGGCACAUGGCAAAUGGAAGGUGAUGAGUGCAAAAAUGCAGUUUUAGAAGCAUUGAGAAUUGGUUACAGGCACAUUGAUACUGCCCAAUCCUAUGAAAAUGAAGGAGCAGUUGGAGAUGCACUCAAAGAAGCUAUAAGUGAGGGCAUUAUUAAUUCAAGAGAUGAUGUAUUUCUGGUCACCAAAUUGUCUGAUCCAAGGGAAUACAGUGCCAAAAAGGUAUCAAAACGUCUAAUGGCACAGCUAGAGCUUCUCAAGACCAAUUAUACUGAUGUUUAUAUGCUUCAUGGACCUGAAGAAAAGAAAAAGAAUAGGGCCACAUGGAAAGGUAUGAUUCAACUUCAAAAUGAAGGGAAAAUUAGGGCCCUUGGGAUAAGCAAUUUUGAUACAGUUACUGACCUCAAAGAUCUUGCAAGAAAUUUCCAUAUUAAACCUAACUACAUUCAAAAUAAGUUUAGUAUUUAUAAUCCUGGUGGCCAGUCUGUUGAGCAAACAAGUAUGCUGCAAACAGCAGAGGAAAGAGAGAUGGCAUUUGUGGCAUAUUCAAUAAUUAACCCUUGGCCAUUUGCUCUACCACCAAGGGAAGAUCCCCAUGUUUUGGCAAUUGCUAAAAGGUACAAUAGGACACCAGUUCAGAUUUUGAAUAGAUGGGCUCUUCAACUAAACACUAUUGUCAUACCAAAGUCUAAAAGUGCAGAUCGGAUUAAAGAAAAUGCUGAAAUUUUAGAGUUUGCUUUGGGUGAAAUAGACAUGAGGCUAUUAAAUGGGCUGAGUAUAUUGGCUCAGUCAUCAACAGAGCAGAAACCAACAUUUGCAAAGGACAUUUAUGAGCUUUUCAGCCAUGAUCAUGAAGACAAAGCAUCCAUGCAUGAUGAGCUGUAAAAGGUACUUUGACUUAAACAUUUUUGUAGAAUUUUUUAGAAAAACAUUUUGUAAAAUUUUUUGAUUAGCAAGAAAGAAACUUUUGAUAGAAA